CCUCCACCCCUCUCCCCGCUCAGAACUGAGGGCCCCCACACCACCUGGAGCUGGCUUUUUAAAGCAAGUCUUUUAAUAAAAACACUUUAUGUCAUUACUCUUCCAUUUAUGACAGCAGGAGUUCAGGACUGAGUAAGAGGAGAAGAAAUUUACCUAGCAGAAGUUGCUCUGAAUCAGAAGAAGCUUUGGACCCUCAAGUGACCAUUUGUUUUAGUUGGGAAGCUGGAUCCCUGCUUUUCCUAGCAGGCACCCAUAUCACAGGCCGGAGAAGUACUGCUCACCUCCAGAACCAGAGCUCUACAUCCGCCAUGUUGCCCUGUGGACCAGCUCUGUCCUUUAUUCGAUGUCUGGUGCGGAAGAAGAACAUCGAUGGUGAGAGUCUCGAGGACACCAAGUUGUGCCGAUGCUUAUCAACAUUGGACCUUAUAGCCCUGGGCGUAGGAAGUACCCUUGGUGCUGGUGUUUAUGUCCUUGCUGGAGAAGUAGCCAAGUCUGAUUCUGGACCUAGCAUCGUUGUUUCUUUCCUCAUUGCUGCCCUUGCAUCUGUGAUGGCAGGUCUCUGCUACGCCGAGUUUGGUGCUCGUGUUCCCAAGACUGGUUCUGCAUAUUUGUACACUUACGUUACAGUAGGUGAACUGUGGGCUUUUAUCACUGGCUGGAAUCUCAUUUUAUCCUAUAUUAUAGGUACAUCAAGUGUAGCAAGAGCCUGGAGCGGCACCUUUGAUGAACUUCUUGGAAAACGGAUUGGUCAUUUCUUCAGUGCCUACUUCAAAAUUAAUUACUCUGGGCUAGCAGAGUAUCCUGACUUCUUCGCUGUAUUCCUUAUAUUACUUUUAUCGGGUCUUUUAUCUUUUGGAGUAAAAGAGUCUGCAUGGGUGAAUAAAAUAUUCACUGCUAUUAACAUCUUGGUCCUAUUCUUCGUUAUGAUUUCUGGUUUUGUGAAAGGUGAAAUUGACAACUGGAAGAUAAGUGAAGAAUAUCUCAGAAACCUUACUGCAGUAACAGAGAACCGCUCAUCCUAUGAAAACGUGACGAGUAUGUAUGGGAGUGGUGGCUUUAUGCCAUACCAUUUCACAGGAACAUUGGCUGGUGCUGCAACCUGUUUUUAUGCUUUUGUUGGAUUUGACUGCAUUGCAACAACUGGAGAAGAGGUCAAGAAUCCUCAGAAAGCCAUACCCAUAGGAAUUGUGGUGUCCCUACUUGUCUGCUUCAUGGCCUAUUUUGGGGUUUCAGCUGCACUGACACUUAUGAUGCCAUACUAUCUGCUAGAUGAGAAAAGUCCUCUGCCAGUAGCAUUUGAAUAUGUUGGAUGGGGUCCUGCUAAAUAUCUUGUAGCAGUGGGAUCCCUCUGUGCUUUGUCUACAAGUCUUCUUGGAUCCAUUUUCCCAAUACCACGUGUAAUCUAUGCUAUGGCGAAGGAUGGGUUGCUUUUCAAAUGUCUAGCUCAAAUCAAUUCCAAAACGAAGACCCCACUAGUUGCUACUCUAUCGUCUGGUGCAGUAGCAGCUAUAAUGGCAUUUCUGUUUGACCUAAAGGCUUUAGUGGACAUGAUGUCAAUUGGCACACUUCUUGCUUACUCACUUGUGGCAACCUGUGUCCUCAUUCUUAGGUACCAACCCACCUAUGAAGAGCCAAAACACUCUCCAGAAAAAGCAGCUUUGGCUGCAGCUGGAAGGGAAUCUGCAGUAAGUGAGUCACAGAUAAACAUGAUAGAAGAGAAUCGCUUCCGUCUUCAGGCCUUGAUUAAUCCAUCCAGUUUACCAACUGAGCAGACUGCAGCUAUAGUUAACUUUUUGGUGGGCCUCUUAGCUUGCUUGAUUUGUGGCUUGAGUGUCCUCAUUACAUAUGGGAUUCAUUUCAUUGCUAACUUGGAGCCCUGGAGUAUUGGCCUACUUGCUUUAUUGGUGAUAUCCUUCAUAGUUACCAUUCUUCUCAUCCAAAGGCAGCCUCAGAACCAGCAGAAAGUAGCCUUUAUGGUUCCACUACUGCCAUUUUUGCCAUCGUUCAGUAUACUGGUAAAUAUUUACUUGAUGGUACAAUUAAGUGGGGAGACUUGGAUGAGAUUUAGCUUCUGGAUGUUACUUGGCUUCCUCAUUUACUUUGCUUAUGGCAUCAGACACAGUGUUGAAGGUCAUCGUGGCGAUGGAGAUGAUGAUUCUUUUUCAGAAAAUAGUGGGAUGCAAGAAAAGAACCCAGUGGAUGACCCUGAAAAUGCAAAUGAAAGGGAUCAAUUUCUUCCACAUGAAAGUACAAGUGAAUGUUAAAUUCUGCAAACACACCAAUCUUUUAAAACUUCAAUUGGAAUUUUACUUGCAGACUGAAACUUCAGAAGCUUUCUGCCAACAUGUGCCUCUUGAAAGUGUUUACUACAAGACCUAACUGAUAUUUUGGACAAGCUGCUAAUCCAUCUUCAUCAUUUCAGAACUGACAUCAUAAGGAUUAAUAUUUAAAUUUAAAAGAAAAAAAGUACCCUUUGGUAAGCAAAAAUUUGGAGACAUUGUUUGAAGUGUCAUCCAAAAUCACUGGCAGUCAUCAGUUAUGAAGAAUUUUAGAACUGUCUGCAAGAAGUUCUGAGUAUUUGACAAUGCACUGUGAACAUACGUGCCUUUCAUACCUUCACCUAAUCUUUGCUACAUGUUUUGGCAACAAUCUAAAUUGUCUUUUUUCUGUUGCAGUAACUCAUCGGAGAUAAAUUACAUUCAUACAGCCCUGGAAAGUAUUUGCAAAAUGAAUGGUAAUUGUAUGGAUUAGAUACUUUGUAAAAAUUAGAGGAGCAUUUAUUUAUGUAAAAAGAAGUAAUUGCUUAUCUUUACUAAACAUGACUAUUCAUCCAUAGUCAUGGAGAACUCAGUGAAGAUACUUCAAAGGUUUUUUAGUCCCUCUAAAUAGCAUUUAAGAUUUCUACUUAAGUGCAUGCCUUUUCUUUGAAGGACACUGUGUGUAUAGAAUAAUACAAGAGAAGCUCUCUUGUUUUCUGCAAAGUCAUCUGGGAAAUAAUCUGUUGGUUACAGUCUGGAUAGCAGCAAACAAACGUGAUUUAGCAAAUUUUGUGCUUUUGACUUCAGAAGGGCCAGAAUUUCAUCUGACUAAAUAAUUUGGUACUUACCUGAAGCAGUCAUCCAGUUUUCCUCCUUACGACUCAUUUUUCCUCCUAUAUAUUCUUUUAUACGUGUUCCAGAACUGAUAUUGCUGAGAUUAGCAUUAGACAUUGCUUCUCCUAAGAAAAAUUAAUGCACAACAUCCCAGGUUUCUUUUCAGAUGGUAGUGGAGGUUAAAAGAACAGAGGUCUGGGCUUUGGGAAAAAAACUUAUUAAAACAGUAUUUCAGUGCUUCAUUAAGCCUUAAAAGUAUGUUAGCGUAGCACUUUUUUGUGAGCCAAGCCUACAUCCACAAAUCCAUUCAUGUGGGUAUGAUGUCUGAAUGCUAAUUUAUGUAAAGAACCAAACUGGUGUGGCAGUGCUGGGUAAACAAUUAUUUUAAUGCUGGUAAAACCAGAAAAUGUUCUUCUUUCAACAUAAGUCAUGUUAUCUGUCAAAGGCACACAGGUAUUUCAACACUUUGUCUCAGCAAGGAGUAGGUUCAAGUCCCAUGAAGGAUUCCACAUUAUGAAGUCAUUUUUCAAGAAUAUAUUUACAAAAAAUCCUUCCCUAGAGUAAGAACUGUCUUGGACUUUGUCAUGGAGAGUUGCAGUCUGUUGCUGGUACUAACCAUUGGUAUUAAUCUCUACUGUUAGGUGUAAGAACUUUAGAUGCCAUGAGAGCUAUGUUGGUUUACAGUGAUGAGCACCUUACUUUUCAUAACAGCUGGAAUUUUAUGAAAAAAAAGAAUGGAAAAACCAAGCUAGUUAGGCUGCUUCUGUCUCUCUCCUUUUUCAGAGAGAAAAUUUUUCAGAGCAAUGAGUCGCUCUUUUUAAUCUUAAAAUUACUUCUUUCCCAGUAGUCUUAAAUCCUCAUCUUCAAAAAAGCCAUUGCUGUGGGACAAGUCAGCUGUGCCCAUGUGAAGCUUUUGUGUGAUGUCUUUACAAGCCUACAGUGAAAUACAGCUCUUACAAUUCCUUCCACAUCUCAGCAUGUGGGAAGCACAGACUUAUGUUUUGCUAUGGUUGUUGAUGCCACAGAGCAGGCCAGUUAAGUUCCCAAAACACAAACUGCUGCUGUUCUGUGAUGUGCAAGGAAGCCUCCAUUCCCUCAUAGGGAAUGUAUGUGUGCACACCUGUCACACAUACACAUCUGUCUGAAAUUAACCCACAGUGAAUUUGAUGUACUAGUUAAAAUAAUUCCUGUAUUGCAUUGGACUUUUCCUUUGAAUGGAUACUGCCAGUAUAAUUAGCUUCUGACUAAAGCAAGUGCUAGCUAAGGCCUCUGGAGAAAAUUAAAGCAAGUAUAUUUUCUAGCUUAUUUACCUGAUGAAUGUGUCAGCACUUUGUGUAUUGACAGAUUCCCCUUUCAUUUGUAUUUCUCCCCCCUUUUUAGGGAAAUUAAUUUUUUAAAAAUAAUAGGAUGUGCCUGUCCAAGUGUUGCUAAGACAGAUGGGAGGAGCUGCAGCACCAGAACUACCCACAUAACUAAUGAGAGAUAAAAUUAAAUUAAAGUCAUUGUGUACUCUUAGUUGCUUCAAAUGUGCAAAAUUUAUUUAUAUGUGUGUAUAGUCAUUAUUAGUCAGUGUCUGGGUGAAAACAGGUAAUUAUGGUAAUGCAGGUAAAUAUAGUAAAUUUGGUGUGCAUUUGUAUAUGCAGUCAAAAUUCCAGAUGCUUUAAUGGGGCUCAGCAGAAGCAAAGGACGAGCCAUGCUAGUCCUUACACAGGAGCAAUGGAUGCAAGAAAUUCUGAUUUUGUUCUCACAUUUGCUCUAUCUCUGUACUUGCUGGAAGAUCAGCUGAAAGCACAAGUCCAUUGGAAUUAAAUCAUUGUUAUUUUUUAACAGUGUUGUUGAUAUUGUAAAUUGUUCUGUGCAAAUAAUAAUGGUACGUAUUAAUACAAAAUAUCUACUUUUGAAGGUAGCUUACUGGGUUUUUAUUUCCCGUGUAGAAAAAAAUUCUCAUAAACUUAAUUUUUGUUUCUAAAUGAUUCAUGUUAACUAAAGUGAUCUUCCUGUGGUAUUAUAGUCUUAAUUCUGCAGUGGGAAGUUUUAUGAAGUAACUUAGAUUUCAUUGUCUGUUAUCAUGGAUAACAUUUAUCACGGUACAUUUCUUUCUGAUGGUACAAAAACUAUUCUGUUAAUAACAGGAUGCUUUUUCCUGCACAAGAAAUGCAGGUCAGAUUCCUGAAAUCUGUCAUAUUGUGCUUAUGUUACCAAGUGUUAAAGCCAUUUCUAUUACCUGCUGUUGGAGAACUAUCAGCAAUAAAUGUCAAUGGUACUGAUACAGAGUUACUUAUGUACUUAAGUAGGAAUUGAUGUGUGUCAUCUAGAAACGUCAAAUGAUACAAUGAAUUUAGAGGCAAAACUUGGUAAAGCUUAAAUAUAUAUUCUGUGUUUUAUUACAUGAUAAAUGUAUGAGUCAUGUCACCCUUCCCCUAAAAUUUAUGAAAAAAAAAUCUAUAUUUAAGAAAUAUAAGGCAUAGUGUUUUCACAGAAUUUUUAAUAAGUGUCAAUAUCAAUGUGCCUUAAACAUUCUGAGGUGGUAACAGUGCAGGAAACCUGUGUGGGACUGUGUAAUUGGGUAUGAGGCCUUUGACACUGAGGCACAUUUUUACAAUAGGAAUUUAAUUCAAAAGAAGGCUGGCAUGUCUUACUUGAGGGCAUAAAAAAGAGAAUGAAAGCACCUUUUUAAUGCUCUUGGCCCCUAAUUCUUCCUAGACACGCUGGGAAGUCGGUACAAAUUAUAGUAUGCUCACUGAAGGCACUGAGGUUACUCAGUGUUAAGCAAAUAUAUAUUUUACAGAAAGUGUGGAUGGUAUUUCAUAUAGUAUAGGAUCUUUGUGUUUGUUUUUAAUUUCCUGUACCUUUAGUAUUUCUUUCUGGUAUGUGUUUUGAGGACCUCUGCAUUUUUAAUAGUUGGACCUUUUCAAAGCUAAAUAUAAUGCAUUUACCAGGUACUGAUCUAUUUUCCAUUUGAUCUUAGAAAUCAAACUCCUUAACAUGAGCUAAAUUGAAGGAUUUCUGUGCAUAGACACGCAGACAUGCAUUAUAAAGAGCUUUAUGUGUAUAUAUAUAUUUUUUUUAUUGUCAGUUGGAAAAAUUCUGUUGUUUUUAUAUGUUUUCAUGAGCCUUGUGCCAGGUCAACUCCAGCUUCACCAAGUUUACUUGGAGAAUACAAGGAGUUGAUUAUUUAGGAGAGCUUUUUUCUUUUGUGGUACCAGAAA